GGCGGCGCGGCGGUUGCACUGCAGGGCGCGGGCGGCGGCGCGGGGAGGCGGAGGAGGAUGGGCCCGCGCAGCGGCGGCCGCCCGCGGCAGGGGCAGCAGCAGCAGCAGCAGCGCCCCCGCCGGCCCUAGCGCCCCCGCGCCGGCGCCGAGCCGCCCCAUGCACGGGCGGCAGCGAGGGGGCAGCGCGGGGCCGCCGGGGGGCGGCCGCUGAGCGGCGUGGCGCCGGGGGGCGGGCGGAGCCGGAGCGGCGGCGGCACGCAGCCGCCCGCGGAGCGAGGCAGCGAGCGGGCGGGCGCGCAGGCAGGCAGGCAGCCGGCGGCCGCGGGAGAUGUGCCCGGAGGAGGACGGCGGCUGCGGCGGCGGCGGCGGCGGCUUGGCCGGCACCGGCGGCCCCGAGGCGGCGGUGGCGCUGGACGAGCUCCGCUCCUGGUGGGAAGUCCCGGCCAUCGCGCACUUCUGCUCACUCUUCCGCACCGCCUUCCGCCUGCCCGACUUCGAGAUCGAGGAACUGGAAGCUGCUCUUCACAGGGAUGAUGUGGAGUUUAUCAGUGACCUGAUCGCCUGCCUUCUUCAAGGUUGCUAUCAGCGCAGAGACAUCACAUCCCAGACGUUUCACAGCUACCUGGAGGACAUCAUCAACUACCGCUGGGAGCUGGAGGAAGGGAAACCCAACCCCUUGCGGGAGUCCACCUUCCAGGAGCUGCCCCUGCGCACCCGGGUAGAGAUCCUGCACCGCCUCUGUGACUACCGCCUUGAUGCAGAUGAUGUCUUUGACCUCCUCAAGGGCUUGGAUGCUGACAGCCUCCGCGUGGAGCCGCUAGGUGAGGACAGCAGUGGUGCCCUGUAUUGGUACUUCUAUGGCACGCGGAUGUACAAGGAGGACCCGGUGCAGGGGAAAACCAACGGAGAGCUGGCUCCAGACAGGGGAUGUGGGGGCCCGACAAACACCCCAAAUGUUCCUGGGAAAACGGGCAAGAGACGAGGGCGACCCCCAAAGCGGAAAAAACUAAUGGAGGAAAAUCUGCUGAGGGAGAAGGCAGAAGAGAACUUGAUAAUCCAUGAGACUCAGAUAAGAAAUGGGUCCCAAGGGCCUGGCCGUGGGACAUGGUGGCUGCUGUGUCAGACGGAAGAGGAGUGGAGGCAGGUCACAGAGAGCUUCAGAGAGAGGACUUCCCUUAGAGAGCGGCAGCUCUACAAACUCCUGAGUGAAGACUUCCUGCCGGAGAUCUGCAACAUGAUUGCACAGAAGGAGAAGCGUCUGCAGCGGACAGAGUUUUCUCCCAGGUGGAUGUCUGACCAUCAGCCCAUCAAACCAAUCAAGCAGGAGGUAAACCCGAAUGUGCUGAGCUCAAUGGAGAAACAGAGGCGCAGAGAGGAAGAGGAGGAGCGCCAAAUACUUAUAGCAGUGCAGAAGAGGGAACAGGAACAGCUGCUAAAGGAGGAGAGGAAGAGAGAGAUGGAGGAGAAGGUCAAAGCAGUGGAAGAACGGGCCAGGAGGAGGAAGCUUCGUGAAGAGCGGGCCUGGCUGCUGGCACAGGGAAAGGAACUCCCCCCUGAGCUUUCCCACUUGGAUCCCAGUUCCCCUACCAGGGAAGAGCGAAGGACCAAGGAUCUCUUUGAACUGGAUGACGAGUUCACAGCCAUGUACAAAGUUCUAGAUGUGGUAAAGGCUCACAAGGACUCUUGGCCCUUUUUGGAGCCCGUUGAUGAAUCAUAUGCUCCCAACUACUACCAGAUCAUUAAGGCCCCCAUGGACAUCUCUAGCAUGGAGAAGAAAUUGAAUGGAGGUCAAUACUGUACCAAGGAAGAAUUUGUGGGUGAUAUGAAGACCAUGUUCAGGAACUGUCUUAAGUACAAUGGUGAAGGCAGUGAAUAUACCAAGAUGGCUUACAACUUAGAGAGGUGUUUCCACCGAGCAAUGAUGAAGCAUUUCCCUGGGGAAGAUGGAGACACAGAUGAGGAGUUUUGGAUCAGAGAAGACGGGAGACGAGAGAAGAGGAGCCGGCGGACUGGCCGCUCCAGCACAGGCAGUGUUUGGACUCGGUCACGAGACCCAGAUGGACCAGGCAAGAGGCAGCAACGCCUGGAAAAUGGAGGAAAACCUCCACCAUAUCGAGCUACUUCCAGGGCUCCUGCUUCUUCUUCCUCUUCCUCCUCCUCCUCCUUCUCCUCGUCCUCUGCAGAGGAUCCAAGCGGCAACCCAAUGCAGCCUUCUCGAGAAGUGGGCCCUUCCAAUGGGCGAGGCUUCCCUCGCUCUCUGCAAUAUGGUGGCAUGCCCAGCCCUGUGCCACAUCCCAGCCAGAUGAGACCAGCUGUGCCAGGAACAUUUGGUCCCCUGCGAGGAUCGGAUCCUGCGAAACUGUAUGGCUCGCCACGAGUGCCUGAGCCCCAUCCCGGAGACCCGGUCCAGCAGCACCAGCACUUUGCCAUGCAGCCGGCUGUGGGACUGAGUGAGCACCGUGGGCACAGGCUGGCCACCCCAGAGAAGCAGGCAUGUGCGGGACCGACCCACAUCACCAGCCUUGGCCCCCGGCCUGGCGCCCUGCAGCUGGGGCGCAUGAGCGGCCCCCCACCCGACACCGUCUACCCGCCGGCCCAGUUCCAGCAGGGCUUCCUCGCGCCGAGGCACAACGGCCCCCCUGUGAGGCCUUCGGAGGGCUCAGAGGUCCCCCCAGGGCACAUGUACCGGCCCUACAAGUACCUGAACCGUGCGCACCCAGCCCUGUGGAACGGCAGCCACGGCCCCGCUGGCCAGGGCGCCGUGGGGCCGGAGGAGAAGGUGCCCAUGGGGCCGGGGUCCUCGCUCCAGCCCCGCGCCCUGGGUCAUAUGAUGGACCCUCGGGCCAUGAGGCCACCGCUGCCUCCCAGCCAGUGGACCGAGCAAUCAAAUUUCCUACCUCACGGGGUGCCUCCUUCAGGGUAUAUCAGACCGCCUGGGAAAGCUGCUGGCCAGAGGAUGCCACAGCCACCGACCUCUCUGUUUGGGGGACCACCUCAGGUUCAAAGAGGGUGCCAGGGCGGGGACUCCAUGAUGGACAGCCCAGAGAUGAUUGCCAUGCAGCAGCUGUCCUCCCGCGUGUGUCCGCCUGGUGUGCCUUACCACCCUCGCCAGCCACCCCCGCCGCACCUCCCCGGACCCUUUCCUCAGCUGGCUCACGCAGCCUCUGCUGCUGGCGUGCAGCCCCCAAAACCGGUCAUGGGGAACGGCAGCUCGCAGGAUCCAACCGGUCAGACCAUGGAGAUGGAGAGCAACCAAGUGGAGCCACCAGCAGGCGUAGACGAGAAGGCUCAGUGCAUUGGUAUUCCCGACGGGGCCUAUGCCAAAAUCCUACCUCAUCCCAAGCCCCCGCUGCCCAUGGAGUGCACCAGGCGCGCCUUGCCCCUGGACGGGGAGGGGGACAGCUCCAGCGUGAAGGGUGACAUGAAGGCAGGGCAGGGCAAAGGCGCGUGGCCGGUGGAGAGUGGCUACACUGGCGGCCCGGGCUGCAUGAGGGACCUGGUUCCUACCUCCGAGAGAGGAGGGGGUCCCCUGCCUGAGAAUGGGGCAGCAGGUGAGGGGCCAGUGGCCACCACCGAGGGGAAGGGGCUAGCCGCCAACCUUCUGGAGAAGCCCCUCUGCAGCAGUGGGAAGGCUGUGCCCGAAGCAGCUGUGCCUUGCAUGGGGCAGGGCACUGGCCUCCCCGGCGUGGAUGCCAGCUCCAUGGGGGCCACCCCCAACCAGUUCCACCACCCACUCUACAUGCCCGGUCUGGAAUACCCAAAUUCAGCUGGGCGGUACCACAUCAACCCAGGCUUGCAGGGGUUUGGCCCUGUGAUGGGGGGGAAGCCGCCUCCUCCUGCCUCCCACCCCCAGCAUUUCCCCCCACGGGGCUUCCAGCCAAGCGGCGCCCACCCUGGUGUCUUCCCGCGGUAUCGGCCCCCCCAGGGCAUGCCCUACCCCUACCAGCCGCAACCUCAGCCUUCCUACCACCACUACCAGCGACCACCCUACUAUGCCUGUCCACAGGGCUACUCGGACUGGCAGAGGCCUCUUCACCCCCAGGCCAGCCCCAGUGGGCACCCCACCGCCCACCCACCCCUGGCCAGACCCCCUUUCCCGGACCGGGGGUCUGCCAGCGGCUUGCAGGGCUGUGAGGCACUGAGCGCUGCCCUGGCCUCUCCCAACCGCAUGGACAUAGCGAGUGCCAAAGAGGUUUCUCCAAGUGAUGGGCAGGAUCUGGGGCCUGAAGAUGAGAAGUCCGAGGAGUCCCAGGAAAGACCAGAGAGUCCCAAAGAGUUUCUUGAUUUGGACAACCACAACGCGGCCACGAAGAGGCAAAGCUCGGUGGCAGCAGGGGAGUUCCUCUACGGAGCUCCUCCACCACACCUGGGUUCGGGGAUGGGAUUCGGCCCAUCAGCCUUCCCUCCCCACGGGGUCAUGCUACAGACUGGCUCUCCUUAUGCAUCCCGCCAUCCUGCCAGUCAUUUCCAGCCCAGGACGUAUGGAUCGCCCAUGAAUGCUCACUUGUCUCAUCAUCCAGCCCCCAGCCAGGCCAACGGCCUCUCUCAGGAGGGACCCCUGUACCGCUGCCGAGAGGAGAACGUAGGUCACUUUCAGGCCUUGUUGAUGGAGCAGAGAGGCAGUGGAGGUGGCAUGGCGGGGCCACCCCAGGACUUGUAUAGACCCUCGGGAAUGCAAAUGCAUCAGGCUCAAGUUCCUUUCCCGAAGAUGCCUACAGCAACCAUGUCCCGGGAAGAUUUGACGUCACAAAAACCAUCAGCAUUGCCUCUGGAUCAAAGCUAGUCCGAGGAAGGAAGGACCUCACAAAGAUGAAAGCCACGCGUGAUUUGGACAAGGGGGAGGAGGUGCAGGCCUUCCUCCCACCCUCCCCUCGCCCAAGCAGCAUGUAGCUUCCUGGGUCCGUGGAACAUGGUGCCGCAACGGCUUUUGUGUUGGAAACCUGGAGCGGUGCUGGGCCCCAGCCAGCCAAGCAGCUGGCUCGCCAUCACAGGGCGAGCAUCGCAAACUAGUGGCUUUCUGUGACCGGAGACUGCGUCUCAUUCAGGGUUUGAGGGAUUUUUUGGGGUGGGGAGGGCGGGGGUGGGGGCGGAAACUUUCAUUGACUGCUAAACUCAGGUAUAUUUUUCAGGGUGGAAGAGGACGAUGAUGGAAUUUUACUUGUAGUAUUAACGUGUGUGUUUUGGAGCUGGAUCCAGUUUACAGAAUUUAACCUGUUGCCUUUUUAAAUAAAUUUCUGUUGUUGGUGAAUGUAUUGUACAUAAUGGGGGAGGGGGUGGGCCCAGCUUGUAGUGGGCUUAGCACUGGAGGAAUCCUUAACUGUUUACAAUCAUAUCACGCUGAAAUCUUUCAGGAUAGGGUUAGAGUUUGCGGGGAGCAGGGAGAGGUGAGGGAAUGUGUGGUGGAUGACUUGCUGUCCUCCUUCCUGUCCUCUGCAACCAAGACACGACCCAACAGUUGGUUGACUUAAUUGCAGGAACUGCUCAGGAGCAUAAUGUGUCCUCUUUCUCUUGUCUUCUUCCUCCUUCCCCUCUCACCCCCAACUCCACCCCUCUGGAUCCAGGGCCUGAGUGCACUUCCAGCUCCUGUCAUCAUGGGGGAACAAGGAAACCAGGACCAGGAAUUGAAACCAGGACAGGACAUUCAUGGCAUUGUCCCUUCUGCUAGUAUAGUACCCUUCUCCCUGCCUUUCUGAUAGGAGAAAUGUAUGCUCUAGAAAACAGAAAGUGGCGUAACUGGACAUCUUAGACUUCUUUCAGUGAAACCGGUGCAGCUGGGGGUAGAGCAGCACCUAUCCAGUAGAACAAAUACUGUGCAAAUCUGUACUGCCCUGCUGCCCAAGCAGGGGGGGCAAGUCCCCACCAUUCUUUCUCUGACCCUUGGCUAUAUUCACUUCUUAGCAGCAGCAAAGUAGAAAGUACCCUGGGGUUCCUGACCACUUUUGUUCCUGUGGAGGGAGGACCAUGAGGCUGCUUUGUGGGAAUGGUUGGUUUACUGCAGUGUGAGCUGUUUGUUGGCCUCUGGAGUUGCAUUUGGUGUUUGCAAGUUGCAGGUGAAUCAGAAAGCACUGAUUCAAAAUCAGAUGUUGAGGUGUCAUGGCUCAGGGAUAGAGGGAUGAGAGGUCUGCAUGCCCAAGUUGAGUUGGUUUGACUUUGUCAUCAUUGAUAAUGUAGCAGCAGGUUCUACAGAGCUAGUGGCAUCUUCCCUCAGAGGCUGUGUGCAGUCUGCAGGGGCUGUCCUCACCAGCUGCAAUACUGCACUGGGAAACCCCUGCAUGCCAGUGCUUUAUCAGCCACUGGUGUUCAAGUGUAGGUUUGGCAAAUGAGUUUAGUAGGAAUCUCAUCUGCAUUUAUUCACAUCUUAAAAGCUAACAAACACACACAGUUGAUUAUUCUUGGGGAAGCUGGGGUGAAAGGGGAGUUGCUACACUACAAGACAGGGCAGCAAGAUCUACUGGGACCGUAGCCCUGCUGGGCAGGCUGCUGGUUGCACUGCGGGGGACAGCGGUGUGGUUAGAAGGAGGAUGUGCCAAUCUGUUGGACAAACUGUGCUAGCAAGAGCACAAGUGGCAGCAGAAGUGAGGACAGAGCAGCAUGCCCUUUAGUCUGUGGUGCCAGCUAGAAGAGGGUCUUUGUCUCCAAGUUUCUGGAGAAUUUUUCUGGCUGCUUCAUUGUCUUGGAUGGUGUCAUCACCCGUAUUUUUAGCUGAAUUGCACUAGCAUGCACAACUGCACCACCUUUGUCCUGCUGUGUAGAUAUACUGUGCUGGCAAAGCCAUUUGAGCAAAUGGCAGGUAGCAUCUGACUGAACUAUUACUCCUUCUGUACUAAGCUUUUGGAAGCACAAAAAGCCUAAAAGGUGAGAAAUAUUCUUUCCUGAAAUAGUUGGAAUAAGAAAGGACUGCCAUGUUAGUGCCCACGUACAAAUGAGUCUCACUGGACUGUUGCUGCAGUACUUCAGCCUCUGAUGAGCUGAGUCAGGCCAAGCUGUUUUCCAAGCCUAACAGGAGUUAAACUUCUUCGUGCUAUUCCCACAAGCAUGCUUAUAAUCACAGUUCUUUUUACCCACUGCUGCAACUAGCCUGUGAACUAUAGCUGCUGUCUGCUUAGUCCAGUGAGUUGCCUGGGACAGCUGGCUGCUGUCCCUUUGCUUCUUUGAUUGGCUUCUUUGCAAAGCAGGAAGACUUCAAAAUAAUGGGAGUUACUUACAAUGUCUAUCUAUAGAUGUCAUUACAUUAUGAAAGGGAGAUUUUUCUUGGUGGGUUUGGGUUUUUUUUUUUUUUCCAUUUGUAUUCAUCUGCCAGGGAGCAAUUGUCACUGGUGGAUUGGUAUAAACUGGAAUAGAUGAUCCUGAAGGCUGUCCUUGGACUCGGAAGCAGAUAAUUGCUUUCCCCAGCCCAGAACAUCAUGCUAUGGCUCAUCCAAAUUUGUCCCACAUCUGAGGGUUUGCUGUUGGCUCAUUAACUGGCAGUGGGUGUUCAGAGGUGCCCCAGCUGCUCCGAAAUGCAGGUCUAUAUCCUUCACUGAAUGGAGGUACUGAAGGAGCAGUAGGUAUUUAUGAAAAACUCUGCAAGUAUAACUGCUCUUCAAGACAAUAAACCUGCAACAAAUGAAAACAUUGUUGCUUCUUUUUGUAAAGCAUUUAGUUCAUUGUAGAUAUAAAAACAAUUUGAAAUACCACAUUUAAAAAUAGAGGAACUGUAAAAUGUAACUUGUAGCAAAGUAUUAGAAAUUCUGGAAAUGUGAAUGUAGAUUCUGCAGCCAACCUCUGUCAUACUUCACCCUGUGUCUUCUGCAUCACAGACGUUACCCAAAUAUUUGUAAUUAAAUACCUUUAAUUCAGCUCAUUUGUAGAACAGGAGGUUUUAGAAGCUAUAAAAAAACCCUAACCAAGCUGAAGCACUCUUAGCCUUCACCUGUAACUGGCACUGAAAACAUGGUCCUAGUGGUCAUGGUAUCUGGAUGAGUACCAAGCCCAGAUCAAAGCAGAGGACAAAUAAGAAAGGCAAGAAUUGCUUGUAUCUGCCUGGAGAGUGUAGUGGAAUGUUAGACGGUGACAGAAACCCUGAGGAUCCUAUAUGAGGUGUGCGACAUGAAGAUAUUAUCCCUUACCUGACAUAAUGCAAAUCUGAGAGAAAGAUUUGACUUGAGGAUGGAAGAUGAAACAGCAUAGUGAAGCUGACCCCUCCUGGGAGGGUUUCAAGGUAAAUGGCUUUUGGCGUAGUCAGUAAUUCUUAUUAAAAUGACUAACAAGCUGCUGUUGUGACAACACGUGGUUUAUGUUAGAAAAGUACUAAUAGAGCGUAGGGGGAACUAUGGCUAGGCUACAGGGAUAGGGCUGUUCUGGGGACAGGACACACUAAGAGGGAGAGCUGCUUGUGGAAUCUCAGUUUGGAGUUUCCAGACUUUCAAAUGCUUUGUUCAUAAGUGUCUGGGGUUUGGUUUUUUUUUUCUCUUAUAAUGAUAUCUAGGAAUGCCCCCCGAGAAUCGGAGCUCUAUCUUGCUAGGUACAAUCUGAGCAAAUCACAGGAAAUUGGCACCCCGCAGAGGGCACAGAGCUGGGGGCGGAUUGAUGGGAGUGGAGCACCAGUGGGAAUGUCUGGGGAGGAGCAGAAGAUGUGAGCUUUCUAGUUUAUGGUUUCCCAACCCUUGCUGCACAAGGCUGCUUUGUAGAUAUUGUGAAAGAGGCAGGUUUAAGGAGGGAUUCAGAAGAACGUAAAACGGCAGGUCUUUAUGGAGGCAGUGGUACUUUUUUGGCAUGGGUUGGCAUGCAGUGCAGGAGAAAUGUGGCUGCAUUAUAAAAUAUCCUGGGUUUUGAGUGCCAUACUUGUAUCGCUAUCUUAAAUGAUAUUUAACACAACACAGAGAAAUUGUAGACUCUGGUUGGAAGCCCUCUUUCUCAACCUCCAGCAUUGUUGUUGUGUAAUAUAUUACCAGUUGGUCCUUUUUCAGAAAGCUUCCUGAGCUAGUGACUUUGCAAAGUUUCCUGUAGCUAUUACUUUUUCCAUACGGAGGAUGUGUUUUGCUGUAAUUACGGAUUUCAUGUUAGACAAGACAAUAUAUAUAUAUUGUGUGUGUAUAUAUAUAUAUAUAUAAAAAAAUAUGCUGACCAUGCUUGAGCAUGCCAAAAACUUCCAAGAUUCUCAGAAGAGUUUUGUACACUACUCUGGCUUUUAGCCUUUUGCUCUCCCCUCCACCGCCUCCUUUGCAAGUGAUACAUGGUGUUCCCAAGUUCCCGAGGUGUUCAAUUGCCAUUAUAAAUGCCACUGUAUUAAACUUCCCAUAGGACUCUUUAAGCUUUGAGCAUCUCAAGUACUACAGACCCUGGCAAUUCUACUAAGUAUUUUGGGAAGGCCAGUCACUGAGACUUCACAGUGAUUUUAGCUGUUUCUAGCAGAAGUUUGCCGUCUAUAAAUUCCAUGGUGUGACCCAACAAACCACUCGGUAGCAAUCCAGGGCACCAGCCUGCAAUGAGGAGGACAAAAUUGCAGCUUCAAGGCCCAACUGGUUUGAUUUGUGACUUUAAAGUACAUGGAGACACUUUUCUUGGAAUGGCUUCUGAUUUUCUUGUCUGCCAAAUGCCUUUCCCAUGCAGACUUUUUCAAACAAAUCUCCUGUGUAUAUUUUUGUAAGUGUGGUUUCUCGGGGUCUUGGAGAGCUAUCAGCUUCUUGAUGUCUUAUCUGAAAGCUAGUCACAGAGACUGUCUUUCAUUCUGCUGACUGAGGCAGUUCUCCUGCAGCUUCUCACUCCAACACUUCUCCAUUUAAAAUGAAAGUAUAAUUAGAAAACAACCUUUGUUUAUUUCCUCUACUGAUCUCUGUUGGUCUUCUGUGCAUCUCUGUGUUCAGCCAGGGCUGUUGCUUUGUUCUUGAUGGCUUUGCUCUGCUUUCCUUUUCUGAGGAGAUGGUGUUGCUGUAUGCAUUGUGGAAUUUUGGAGAAGGUGCUGAACUGUGUGGCAGAGAAGUGCCAUUGCAAGGGGUGGCUUGGAGAAGACAAACGGGAAUUUGUGAUGGUGUGGUUGCUCCAGGUUUCCCCUCACUGCAAAGCAACUGCGCAGCUUGGUCUGCACUUAAUUAGAGUAACCCCUUUAAAAGUUUUUACUGCGGUGCAUUGGUGGUAGAGGAGUUUGCUCUUGCAGAAUUCCUGUUUUGCUUGAAGUCCAGCACUGGUGGUUGAAGAGCAGGUGUGUGAGUACCGUAGCCUUUCUGUAAGGCUGAGAUUGAGAUAGCAGGCUGUGAAAGUAGGGUUGCAGCUGCAGGCCAUGUGACAAGCUUUAAGAGCAUGUGCUUAUUGUAACCAAGAAAGCAUCUCAAACGUUGACCUUCCAGCCUUUCCCCAUCUGUACCUGUUUAACGUACAGAUGAGGGUAAAGCAUAUUCGGGCUUGGCAGGACCCCUGCCGCCCAUGCGGAAGGAAAACACUUUUAACCAGCACAUAAUGAACUACGCAUUCUGGUUUUCACUCUCCACUGCCCACGUCCCUCUCUGAAAAAGAGCUGGGGAGGGACCCAUUUCCAGCUGUCUCCAGAUAGGAGCUCCUGGGAUGACAAGAGCAAGGCUUGGUCCACCCCUAGGCAAGGAAAUUCAGGACAGGGUUUUAUGUAUUUGAAACUAGAUAGUAGCAUCCAAGCGUACCUUCAAAGCGCAGAUGUAGAGAGCUGUGUGGUGCCAUUCCCUUUUUGGCUGCUGUCCUGCCUCAGCUCGCAUGCAGGAUUUGAGAGACCAUGGAACGUUUUGUAGUUUUAACACUGCUGGCCUUGCAUUGACUGAGGGGUUUUUUUUCCUUAAUUUGCAGCAGUGGCCUAGAUUUCUUUUGGCAAGGGUCUUCCUCUUUUUGAAAUGUAGAGGUCAAAGUGGACAGUGCAUCCAGGAGAGAGCAAGAGCUACAUCCACCAGUGGAAGAGGGAUCGAAGCAUUGAUUAGGGCUGAGGAUUAAUUGUCAUUUUCACCAACUCUAGCAAGUCCCUCCAUUCUUUGCCCCUUUUAGUUGAAAACACUUGGUUCACUAGCAGAAGGGUAGUGGAAUAUCUUCUAAAUAAAAGUGGAACUGACUCUGUGUGGGCAGAGUUCCCUUGCUGUGGACAGAGUUAGACCAGAUGGCCUUCAAAUCAGCAAGAGGCAAGCAGCCACCUAGUGCACUCAGACACUGUGGAGUACAUCAGAGGAGCGAUCUCCCUUUAUGAAAGGGCCUCAGCUUUUAGUCUGGCAAGUCCUCUGAUCCCCUUUUGUGUCACAUACUGAUACUUCCCCUCUCCUUGCUUCCUAGCUUUCAAGUUUCUUUCCCUCUCUCACUUUGCUGCAGUCGGUUGCUGUCAAGUGCAGAGAUGAAAGCUCACUGCCCACGCAAAAAAGGGGCAGAAGGUUGGAUUUGCCAGCUGACUUCUCUGUACAUGCAUAUAGAAAGCAGGUGGGGUGUACAUAUUUAAUCUCCCCAUGGAAUUAAGGUGUCCUCAAUGGCUCACUAGCAUUCUCUCGUGUGCCCCUCGUGUUUGCCACCCUGGCAUGGUGGUGUCUGUCCCUCUGCCAGCACAAGGAUUUGCUCCUGGACCUUGUGCAGGGUUCCCGCACGUGAUCUUGGCAUGUCUACCUCCAAGAGGGCUUAGGUUAAAAAUACAUACUGUCUAUAAUCGUGAAAACUGUUGCUUCUCUCCCUUGAUAGAUCAAUGAACACUGCUGCCUGAUUUCUUCUGAGCAAUAACAUGCAGCGGUGUAACACUGACCUUCCCACAUUGUUUCAGGGAGCGGAUGGCUAUGAAACACGCUGGGGGGCUUCACAGUUUGAGUGGGAAGCAAGGUGCUUUCUGUGGCCCUGCAUUUUAUGUGCACCAUGUUCCUGCUUUCCCAGUGACCGUUGGGUUGAUUUAGGUAGCCAGGAGAGAGCUGGUUGCUGCUUCUGUGUUUGGGAAGGUAGAAAGGAAAGGGAGCAAGUGGUGAAGUUGAGGCUUGUCCGCAAAGCAGAGCACAGGGAAGAGGGGUGCCUAUGGCUGCUACGGAGCAAGGGGUGGGUGGGCCACUGAUUUAAUGCCUCUGAGGGAGAAGAGCAACCUGCUGCUGCUUCACUUGGUGUUGAUAGGGGAGGUAGCGGGAGAGCCUACGCCACUACAUCCAUUUUUCUGAAGUUGGGUGACAUUGGGGGUUUUUUUGUGUUAUUGUAAGUUUGUAAAGAAUGUAAUCUGUCUGUCGGGGGCACAAGGAGAAAACGGGGGCCUUUCUCUUUUUGGGUGAGGUUGUUCUUAUGUUGCUGUGUUUUUUGUUGUUGGGUGGGGAGGGUGUUAGCAGCCACAGGGGCAAAAGCCUGGCCCUUGUCAACUGCUUGCAACUGUCCCAGGGCAAUGGGAGGGUGAGAUGAUGUGAUGCUGCGUCAGAGACCUCCCACACCAAGCUGUGAAAAUAACUCCUGCCUGCAUCCCUCUGUGGGGGGAAUCUGACCUGCGUGGGGCUCUGCACUGGGGUGUUUUGCUGAGUGGUGGAACGUAAUGCUUGAGGGCUGGUUCUGCUCACCUUUGCCUUGGUUAGAAACUGAGCUGGAUAGAUGCUCAUGCUGUUUAGGAAAAGUUGGAUUUGAUAGCCUGAAUUUCUCAGUGCAAGAAGGAGUUCAUGCUGGAAUUGCUCUCCCCAGCAGAGGCUCAGGUGCUGCACCUCUCCAUCGGCUGCUGUCUCACUCCCGCCUCCCUCCCCAUCCCGUAGAGCACAGUGUCAGGGAUCCUCUUCUCUCUCCUGCUGCUGCAAAGUUGUGUGAACUUUCCUGGUCAAUACUGGAAAGGGGAAUGCUAUUUAUUUUUAUAUUGUGUAUAUUUUGUCUUGGUCUGCUGAUUACCUUUGUUCCCCAAGAGCGACAGUUACCUCAAUAGUUAGUUUAAUACUGUGUGUUGGGUAAUUUUUUUAAAGAACUUUUUUAAAAGCUUGAUCCUUGGAGGUCUGUAGAUUUUAUUUCCAUAUGAAUUGGUUAUUUUGUAUAAAGUACAUUCUUAAAAUAGCAA